GGUAAUGUUCGAAUGAGUCUGUAGCGGCAACCAUUCGACUUGGUUAGGCUGCAUAGAUUUGGAGGAAUAUAGGAUUGAUUUAUGAUCCUAGCAGUUAGUUAUUUUAAAGGAUAAAAUAAUGCUUUAUUGAGUUCCCUUAUCUUACCAGAUGAGCCAUUGUCCUGUAGAAUAUUCAAAUCCUAAUUCCCAGAAUACAAUAUCUUAUAUUACCUCAGAUUCUGUUAUUAGUGUCUCGUUCGCAGAUUGUCAGUCGUCUAGUCCUUCAUACCACUCUCUGUCAUCGAGUACGACUCUUCCUGGUGUUGGCUCUUUCUUGGAUAAAUCAAAUCACCUUUCACACUAUUCUCCUAAUAAAUAUUAUGAUACAGAACCUACUGUAAUUCCGGGACACUCUUACGUUGAGAACACUGGCGUUUUCGAUAACAAUCUUCCUUAUCCAAUAAAAUCGGAGGCCAUUCACGAAAUAGUAUCUGGAACGUUUAUUACUCCAGAUGCACACAACCAAUCAUGUUUUACAUCUCCUUUACAACCUCUAAAAUCAUUAAACCCAAGUCUUCCUGUCCAAUCUAGUGAAUCUUUGUUAACUGGUUUCACUCAUCCACUUUCUAUGAACCAUACUGUUUUAGAAGACGGUGGGUUAGAUUUGGAUCGAGUGUUUGUCGCUAUUAUUAAUGAUCGAAAUUCUGAACAUGAUAUCUUUAAUGAUACUGAUGUUAAUUGUGACAGUGAACGCUGUUCAAUUGAUAAAUCAAAUUCCUGUAACAAACAGUUACUUAAUAAUAGUAUUCAGUCGUCUGUUAACCAAAGUAUGCUAACAGAUGAUUCAGAGGACAAAAGUUUAUUACAGUACUAUCCUGUAGUAGAUACUGAGAAGACAACUCAACAUCAAACCCAUCCAAAAACAUCCCCCAUUUCAGAAGUUGACCAAACACGCAAGUCCUCUGGAUCAUCUGAAGUUUCAACCCGAAUGUGCGUAGUUUGCGGUGACAAAGCUUCAGGGUUCCAUUAUGGUGUGUCUACAUGCGAGGGUUGUAAGGGUUUCUUUCGACGUGCUAUACAGCGUGACCAAUCAUAUACUUGUGCUAAAAAUGGUACAUGUGAGAUAAAUAAAACGCUUCGUAAUAAAUGUCAACAAUGUCGACUCCUCAAGUGCAUUGCUGUGGGAAUGUCGAGAGAUGCUGUUCGUAAAAGGCGUCAUGGUAAAAAACGAGAACAGUCUUCUUGUGAAUCGGUUACCUUGCCUAGUUCAGAUUCCUCAAACAAAUAUGAAACAUCAGCAUAUUCGUCAGGUUCUGUAGACGUAGUUUUAACUCCAUCUGAAGCACAUGUAAAUGAAACUACACUUAAGCCCCACGAAAUGCCAAUAACAUCAACUAAUUUUCAACCAUCAUCUUCAUCAAUACCAUCUUCUACUAAUAUUUCUUUAACCUUAUGUAAUAAUAAUAAUAGCGAUAAUAGUAACAGUUUGACUAAGGAAGAUCAACAAACUCUAGACAAAUUUGAUCGUUUUUUAAACUAUUGUAAAGAUCAAGCUAUCAAAUAUCAGGCGAAUAGUUGGAAUAUUUCUAAAUCUGAUUAUUAUCACUUAUCAGGAUCUUUAUCAAGACAUCUAUCUCCCAUAAAGCAUACUCCCUAUGAAUUGGGUGAAUCAUUAAAGCUUCUUACAGUGGAUGAAAUAUUUUGUCCUGCUCAACUUAAAUUUACACAUGAAUUCGCCUGUCAUUUAGAGCAGUUCAUACGACUUUCUCAGCAUGAUCAAUCUAUCCUAUUAAGAGAUUGUUUGCCUGAACUUGCUAUAUUAAUGUUAUGUCGCGAAAAUCGGAACAAGACUCAUAUGAACUUUUCAUCUACAUCAAUAAAUUAUCAAUUGAAUUGUUUAUUUAGUCCAUGGUUUCCGAAUGCAGUAGUUACAGAUUCCUCUCUGGAUUGUCUACAUAUGACUUGUGAUAGUAUAACUUCUCAAAGUAUUUUUCAAUUUGCUUCAAGACUUCAGCGAUUACAUUUGACAAAUAUGGAAUUUGGACCACUUAUUGGUGUGAUACUUUUUACUCCAGAACGUUCUGAUCUAUUAGAUAUUGACUUUGUUAAUCGUACACAAAAUUUAUGGGCUGAAUUAUUACGUCGUUAUUGUGAAAGUAAUGGAUCACAAACACGUUGUGCUCAUUUAAUUAUGAUUUUAUCUACACUACGUGAACUUGCCUCUAAAAUAACGCAUAAUUUAAAUGCAUGGUAUAAAUUAUCCAAUACUCCAAUGUCAAAUUGUCUUAAAGAAUUUCUUUAUUCUUCCAGUUUUAAUUCAAUGGAUGAUUGUUUUUAAUUAUUGUGUAAUUUUCUUAUGAUUUUUCUUGGUGAAUAAUAGUGAGAGAUAUCUCUUGCCGUUUUUUUUUAAAGAAAAAACAAUUAGGAUUACAUACUACAUAUCUUCUUGUAUUUGUGUUUAAUUUUGCUCUGUUAUUAUUUUAUGAAUAUAUUUGUAAUUAUCUAGAUGAUCAAAUGUACGCACACAGGUUACCUGUUUACUAAAUGAGCAUGAAUUUUAUAAAUUUUUUUUAUAAAAAAAAACAAACAAAACUUUACCUUAAUGUUCAUACGCACAAUGAUAAUCUCAACUCUUUGAUAACUUAUAGGCUAUCAAUACUAUUUUAGUGGUUAAUUCGAUUAAAUUAGGGAAUGAUAAUAGAGAAAGGCUUAGAAGUGAUUAUGUGUAAGACCAAAUUAUUUCUACUUGGUUGUCUUUUUACCGCUUAUCAUGACGAUUUUUUCAUUUUUUUUCUGUCUCAUAAUUUUUUUUUACCAAUUUUGUUGAUGCAAUUUACAAGGAUCUCUUAUUUUCGAAAGAAAAUAUUCACGCACAAUUAUUAUUAUUACUAUCUAUAUGAAUAAUAAUAUUAUUAAUAAUCCAGUGAUUUCGACUUACCAUGACUAUUAAUACGAUUUAAAACUACUAUGCGCCUCAUUAUUUUGUUUACAAUUAUAUUCUGACGUAAAAAAUUGAUAAACAUUAACUCAUUUUCAUCUUUUCCUCCACCCUUCUGUCUCUGUAAUGUACAUUGUGUUUACAAAAUGGUAUUCCUGUAAACAACUACUCUCACGCAUAUCUCCUGUUUUUAUAUAUUGUAAAACUGUGUACUUUUGUGUGUUUCUUGUCUUUGAUUUUUUUAUCUCUACUAGUAGUGAUAUAAUUCUUGUAUUCCGUCUUCCGAUUUAUUACAUGAUAAAAAACCAUCUGAAAAAAGUGUAAUUUCAGGACAUUUUGUCAAUAUACAUUGUUGUUUA